AUGUCUCGUCGCUGGGCGCGAAAGCUUGAACGCUGCUGUUGCACUUUCGCGACCUACAUCCCUCUGCUCUUCGUCUACGGCUUGACCACCUGGGCCGUCUGGGUGGAUGUCACCAUCGGGUCCCUGCCUUCCAAAGCUUCAUGGCUCGGAUCCGCGUCUUCCGCCGGUGCCCUCCUCCUCUACGGCCUACUCAACUGGUCCUACACCACCGCCGUCUUCACGAGCCCCGGGAGCACGACAAACGAUAAUGGCUACAGUACGCUACCGACCGAGGCGCCCCCGGCCGCCACCUCCUUCACUGUCAAGUCCAACGGCGAGCUUCGAUUCUGCAAAAAGUGCCAGGCGAGGAAACCCGACCGCGCCCAUCACUGCUCGACCUGCCGCCGCUGCGUCCUGAAAAUGGAUCACCACUGCCCUUGGCUGGCGACCUGCAUCGGCUUGAAGAACCACAAGGCCUUUUUGCUGUUCCUCAUCUACACGACGCUCUUCUGCUUCUACAGCUUCUUCGUCUCCGGCAGCUGGGUGUACAUGGAGGUCAUCAACAACACGACGUACGUGGAGACGCUGAUGCCCAUCAACUACGUAAUCCUCAGUGUCAUCGCCGGCAUCAUCGGCAUUGUCGUGGGCGCCUUCACGGGGUGGCACAUUCUGCUCGCGAGCAGGGGCCAGACGACAAUCGAGUGCCUGGAAAAGACGCGGUACCUCUCGCCACUGAAGAAGCAAAUGAAGCACCAGUUCGUCGCUCAGCAUAACGGCGAGGGUAUCCCCCUGCCCGCCUACGGCCAGCAGCUCCUCGACAUCCACGCAAACGCCCUCCCGGGCAUCACGCGACCCGAAGAAGGCGAAGAAUACCGCGGUGGCGGCGGCGGCUCCUCGAGGCCCGGGGGCGGCGCCACGCACCAGUCGUACGAAGAGAUGGAGCGCGAGCGCGCGAAAAAGCGCUAUGAAGAGUACCUCGACGAGCAGGACUCUGAGAAGCUCCCCAACGCAUUCGACCUCGGCGCGAAACGGAACCUGCUGCACCUCUUUGGUCCCAAACCCUUACUGUGGUUUGUCCCCGUCUGCAACACCACCGGCGACGGCUGGGCCUGGGAAGCCAGCCCCAACUGGUUAGCCGCCCGCGAGCGUCUCGCGAGGGAACGUCAGGAACAGCGCGCACGCGAGAUCAACGCCGGCUGGGGCACCGACGAGCCCCCGACGUUUAUGCGGGAAGCGCCGCCCACAAAGCCCGACGGUGCGGGCCGACACUAUCUAACAUCGCCUCCUCCCCCUCCCUCCGGCGCCAACGGUGGAUCGCGUAAGACGCCCUCCAAGGCCGACCGGGUCCUUGGCCGCGACCCGAACCUCUACGCCGACGGGUUCCAGGAGUCGAUGCCCAUGCGGAAGCUCAGCCCACGCGGGCGGGCCCUCGAGGACGAGCUGGACGACAGUGACCUCGACAUGGAGGAUCCCGCGGCGGCGGAGCACCGCGCGCUGAACCUGGUGACCAACGGCGGGUGGGGACGCAGCGGGGCCAGCGGGUUGUUGAGGAAGCCUAGCCCGUCUUCGCCGUCGUUUAGGGACCAGCCCGAGAACGAUGAUGAUGUGGAUUGA